AACCACAGUGGUCGCCUAACCAAAAUUACAUUGGUCAACUUUCCAAUUUCCAAAAUACACACAAUUAACUUCAAUUCCUUCCCUAUAAAUACUCUCUCAAAACUCUUCGUCUUCUUCAUAUUCCAACCCCAAACUUACCCAAAAUCAAUCCACUCGUUAUCUUUAGAAAAAGCAAUGGCUGUUUUUCCAAGGCUUCUUUUGAAGCUCAUAGAAUGUGUUUUAUACCAACUCUUAGCCAAUUCAUGUUACAAAGCAGCUAAGAAAGUAAAACAAUAUGGUUUUACCUUUACUUCCCUUUUUGUUACUACAAACCCAUCUCUCAAAACACCCAAUAAUUCUUCUUCUUCUUCUUCUUCUUUUUUUUCUUCUUCUUCUUCUUCUUCUUCUUCUUCUUCUUCUUCUUCUUCUUCUUCUUCUGCUGCUGCUGCUGCUGCUGCUGCUGCUGCUGCUUCUGCUUUUUACCCCCACAUCUCCAAAUGUAGCCUUAAAAACAGAGCAUCCCAAACUCUUGUUUGUGAUUUAAAUGUACUUUUAAACUCCUCAAAAACCAACUCCCUUUUCCCUUAUUUCAUGCUUGUUUGCUUUGAAGGUGGCACCAUUUUUAGAGCUUUGAUCUUGCUUAUUUCGUGGCCAUUUCUUUGUCUUUUGGAUUCCCAAUCCAAAUUCAAAGCUAUGGUUUUCAUUUCUUAUUGUGGGCUACCAAUUAAGGAUAUGACCAAUGUUAGUAAGGCUGUUCUCCCUAAGUUUUUUCUUGAGAAUCUCAACCUUCAUGUUUUUGAAGUCUUUCAAGCUACUGGCACUAAGGUUGUGUUCACUAGUGCUCCUAGAGUUAUGGUGGAAGGGUUUUUGAGAAAUUAUUUGAAUGUUAAGGAUGUUGUAGGGACUGAAUUGCAAACUUAUGGCCGUUACUACACCGGUCUUCUGUCUCAACAUGGUUUGCUUGUCAAACAUAAAGCUUUACUUGAGUAUUUUGGAGAAGAGAGGCCUGAUAUUGGUAUUGGAUCUCCAAACCAUCUUCAUGAUCAUCUUUUCAUCUCUCUUUGCAAGGAAGGAUAUGUUGUGAACAAGGAGGAGGAGAUGAAAAAAGGAGAAGUAGUAGGAAGAGAAAGAUAUCCAAAGCCAUUAAUAUUUCACGAUGGAAGGCUAGCGUUUUUACCAACUCCAUUUGCAAGUCUUUGCACAUUCCUAUGGAUUCCUUUUGGUAUUUUGCUGGCAGUUUACCGAAUUUUGAUAGGCAUUCUCCUUCCUUACAAAUUAUGUCUUUGUUUAGGCCAUUGGAGUGGGUUAAACAUAACUCUAAAAGAUUACGCAACGACGAAGACGAUGACGACAACAACAAAAAAAGGAGGAGUUCUAUUUGUUUGUAGCCACAGAACAUUAUUAGACCCCGUGUUUUUAAGUGCGUUACUUGGGAAACCAUUAGUUGCUGUUACAUAUAGUUUAAGCAAAUUCUCAGAAAUCAUAGCUCCAAUUAAAACAGUGAGAUUGAGCAGAGAGAGAGAGAAAGAUGGUGAAAAAAUGCAAAAAUUACUCGAACAAGGGGAUUUGGUUGUUUGUCCUGAAGGGACGACAUGUCGGGAGCCGUAUUUGUUGAGAUUUAGUCCACUCUUUGCUGAAUUGACAGAUGAAAUAGUACCUGUUGCUGUGGAUUCAUGGGUUAGUAUGUUUUAUGGCACGACAGCAAGUGGAUUAAAAUGGUUGGAUCCAAUAUUCUUUUUGAUGAAUCCAAGAGCUAAUUACCAUAUGGUUGUUCUUCCUAAGAUUCCAAAGGAAAAAACAUGUGGUGGUGGAGGAAAAUCAAGUUACGAGGUUGCUAACUAUGUUCAAAGACAAUUGGGUGAUGUUUUGGGAUUUCAAUGUACUAACCUUACUAGAAAGGAUAAGUAUUUGAUGUUGGCUGGGAAUGAAGGUGUUGAAUCCUCAAAAACAACAACAUAGAUAUAUAUAUGUGUGUGUGUGUGUGUAUUUUUUCUUGUUUGGUACAAAUCCAAAUUCAUCAUGAGCAGCUUCUAUUAA